AUGUUUCGUAAGACCCUUACGGUGGGUUUAUCAGCAGCACAACAUGCUAUUAGUGCUGCCAGACACCACGAUGGGUGUGGUAACACCAGGAAGCGUGCAUUGGAUAAAAGUAUUGAAGAGGGCUUGGCAACAUGGGCUCAAUAUUCUAUCAAAGGGGGGAAGUUAAAGGAUAUAAUUGAUUUAGAUAUAAGAGGUGAAAUAUCCUCAAAAUGUUUGAAGGGGUUUGUUGGAAUUGCAAAGAGAUGUUUGCUUAGCCAUCCAAAGGAUCGCCCUACCAUGGCUGAGGUUGUUUUCAGUCUUGAAUCUGUAUUGACUUUACAAGUCAAAAUGAAUAGUUCCUUGCAGGCUGGUGGCAAAACAAUAUUUGAAAGAAUGUUUGAUCGGUUUCCCUUUGCCUCCAGUGUAGAGAACUCUGCCCAUGAUGAUUCUAAGUUAUCAAGUAAUGACAAUGGCAAUAUUAUGGGUGAGGAAAGUUCCCGAAAACUAUCCAGAAGUGGUCGGGUUGACAACAACACUUUCAUCUCUACAAAUCCUGAUGUUGGUAUUAGGAAGCACAAAGAAGAAGGUUUUCAGCAACAUACUGCAAGUCUGGAACCGACAGAAGUAGACUUUUUCAGUGAAUUUGGUGAAAGGAGUAGGUACGAAUUAUUGGAAGUUAUUGGUAAAGGAAGCUCUGGUAUUGUAUGUUCUGCAUAUGAUACUCAUGUUGGGGAGAAAGUAGCGAUCAAAAAGAUAAAUGAUAUAUUCGAACAUGUUUCUGUUGCUGUUAACAUCAUUCGUGAGAUUAAGCUUCUCAGGCUUCUUCGUCAUCCAGACAUUGUUGAACUCAAACACAUCUUAUUACCACCUUCCAGAAGAGAAUUCAAAGAUAUAUAUUUGGUUUUUGAGCUUAUGGGAUCUGAUUUGCAUGAGGUUAUAAAAGCAAACAAAGACUUAACACCAGAACACCAUCAAUUCUUUCUUUAUCAGCUUCUUCGAGGACUGAAAUACAUACACUCAGCAAAUGUCUUUCACAGAGAUCUAAAACCCAAAAAUAUAUUGGCCAAUGCUGACUGCAAACUUAAGAUCUGCGACUUUGGUCUUUCAAGGGUUGCAUUCAGUGAUCCACCAACUGCAAUAUUUUGGACGGAUUAUGUUGCAGCACGAUGGUAUAGGGCUCCUGAACUGUGUGGAUCAUUCUUUAGCAAGUACACACCCGCUAUAGACAUAUGGAGUAUUGGUUGCAUUUUUGCAGAAUAUUUAACAGGAAAGCCCCUUUUCCCUGGGAAAAAUGUUGUGCAUCAGCUGGACUUGAUCACUGAUAUUUUAGGAACGCCAUCACCUGAAACUAUAUCCAUGAUAAGAAAUGAAAAGGCAAGGAGAUACUUGAGCAGCAUGAGGAAGAAAAACAGGAUUCCUUUUUCACAGAAGUUCCCAAAUAAAGAUCCUCUUGCUCUUCGUUUAUUAGAAAGAAUGCUUGCAUUUGAGCAUAGGGAUAGGCCUACUACUGAGGAGGAGGCUAGGUUACAAGGGAGUUCACGGCUUUUUCAAGCACUAGCACUGGUCCUGUCACGAGGCGGCUAUGACAGCCUUGCAGACAAGCAAGCAGCGAUGGAAGAGAGAUUUCAAACCCUAACCCAAAACAAAUCCAACAGACAAGAAGAAGAUGAUGAGAGUGUGGACAAGAUGUUCGAGUCUGAUAGAUUUGAUGACCCAUCGGAACAGGUGUGUGGAAGAGGAGGUGGCGCCACCUUUGGUGCCAAUCCAAACAGUAAGUUUUCGUACCAAGGAGGCUUGGCUUGGCUGGAAGAGGUGAGCCCCAACCUUUCAAACACCAUUGGGAAUCUCUCAAACCAGAAGGGUCAAACAGAAGGGAUCAGGGGGCACCAAAAGACUGGGAAGAGACGGAAGAUACGGGAUACCGUGGGGGAAGAGUACCGAGAUUCUCCAAGAUGGAGUUUCCCAUAUAUGAUGGGAAGGGUGAUCCACUCGAGUGGCUUCAAAGAUGUGAAGACUUCUUUGAAGAAUAACAAACCCCCAAUGAAGCUUGGGUUAGGCAGGCCACCUUUUCACUACAAGGUCGAGCUAGUGGGUGGUAUCAUAACCUGCGAAGAAUGA